AUGUUACGCCUGCAGUCGCACAGACUGACUUCUCUUGUGACACUAUCCACUCUACGUCCAUUCCACUCUACUCCUUGCCAUCGCCAUGCCACCAUUGUCGACUCACUAAGGUCAAACUUCAAUGCAAAGAAACAAGAGCACAUUCAAUUGGCAAAACGCGAUCGCGCUACUAUCCUCUCGGUCACUGGUAACUGCGAUGGUCUCACUACACGCAAAAACUAUGGUCAAGGAGGACCUUCUGCCGAUGUCUAUGGUCUUGGUAUCACGUCCCCAAACGAGGUGUUCAUCAAUAAUGAGCUCAAUUUGCGUCAUGUCAACGUUUAUGGCUUCGAUUAUGAUUACACCCUUGCCAAUUAUACCGACAACCUCUCAAGAGCAAUCUAUGAUAUAUUAAAGGAUAUCCUGGUGGACAUGAUGCGUUAUCCAAAACACAUCAAAGACCUGCAGUUUGAUCCAACCUUUGCUAUCCGUGGUCUUCAUUUUGAUGUGAACAAGGGAUGGCUGAUGAAGAUUGACAAUUAUGCCAACAUUCAACUCAACACCGUACAUCUGGGACGUAUGCCUGUGAAUGAUCCUGAAGAAGUGAUACAGCAUUUUGGAGGCACCCACAUUUCGCCUGAUUAUCUUGCAAACAACAUGUUUCAAUUGAGUGAUCUUUUCUCAGUACCGCAGGCAUGCCUUCUCAGUGACAUCCUCCAAUACUUCAAAGAACACAAUAUCAGUUUCCAUCCACGUUACUUGUCUGACGACGUAGGACAGGCUGCAAGGAUCUUACACACUGGAUCACAUAUGGAUGGGGCAUUUGGUGUUGGUGGAAGGUUACAUAUGGCGGUCAUUGACGACAUUGCUCAAUAUUUGGAAAAGUCACCAAAGCUCGUUGGGUUCAUUGAAAGACUCAGGAAACAUGGCAAAAAGACCUUCCUUCUUACAAAUAGCAGCUUACCCUUCAUUGACCAAGGCAUGAAGUACCUUACAUCGAAUCCGGAUUGGAGAGACUUGUUCGAUGCGGUGAUUGUCAGUGCACGUAAACCAGAGUUUUAUCGGUCACGUCGUCCAUUUAGGCGUGCACGGGAACCAACGUGGGAUUCAGUGGACAUGUUUGAACCUGGGGAGGUGUAUCAAGGUGGCAAUUUAACGGAUUUCACGCGCUUGACAGGAUGGUCUGGACAAAAUGUUCUUUAUUUCGGUGAUCACGUGUUUUCAGAUCUCAUUGAUCCCACUGUCGAACAAGGUUGGCGAACAGGUGCCAUUAUCCAUGAGCUAGACGCAGAGAUUCAAACACGCAACACCGCAUCUUAUCGACACACCCUUGCUUGGCUAAUACGGAUUGAAAACCUGAUAAAUGAGGCUCAGACGUAUUACGGACAUGAAGAAGAAACAGAUGGCUUGUAUAGUCUCAUCAAUGAAUGGCGUGAGCAACGGCGUCAAGCAAGGCAUGAAUUAAGGAACGUCUUCAACAGCGCUUUUGGUAGUGUUUUCAGAACAUAUCAUAACCCUACUUAUUUUGCUGGGAAAAUCCGCCAGUUUGCCGACAUUUACAUGUCAAGCGUCACCAACUUGGAUCACAUCCCCAUGGAUUACGUCUUUUAUCCCGAUCGCACCUACUUGCCACAUGAACGACUAGUGGAGAGUUUGAUCGAUACGGGGAGAAUCAAGGAGUUAUUAAGAAGUAGCCGACACAAAUGA